AUGAGCUUGAAAAGCUCAAGUCAGAAACAAGAAAGAAAUUCAAUAAAGCAAAAAGAACCGGCCUUGCGGCUUACUGGGAAGCUUUUAGAAGCUCCCAACGAGAAUAUAGCAAGGCACUCACGAAAGCGAAGCGGAAACACUAGAGACAUUUCUGCGAAGACUUGGAGUGGAACGAGAGUCGUUUUCAUACCCAAGCCUAGCAGAAAUGGCUAUAUAUUAGCCAAAGACUUCAGGCUUAUCAAUCUUACUUCUUUGGUUCUUAAGACGUCGGAAAAGUUGAGUGAUAAGUUCCUGAAAAAUGGCCCCUUGCGUACAAAUCCACUAGACUCCUCUCAAUAUGCUUACAGAAAGGGCAGAUCAUCUGAUACUGCCCUGCACCAUCUCGUGGGCAGAGUUAAGGCACAGCUGAGGGCAAGGAAAUAUGCCUUGGGCGUAUUCCUGGACAUCAAGGGAGCUUUUGAUAGCACCUUUUAUGAUGUGAUCGGGAAGGCUAUGACCAUGCGUGGCAUUCCAGCCGCGUUAGCGGACUGGAUACAAAGCAUGCUUACAGGAAGAACUUUGACUGCUAGUUAUGGGGACUCGGUGGUGCAUGGCUUUCCCGCCAAAAGUUGUCCACAAGGAGGAGUACUAUCUCCCUUACUCUGGUAUCUAGUGGUGGAUGAACUUCUUGAGAAGUUGCGGGAGGCAGGCUUCUUCGUCUAUGGCUACGUUUAUGAUGUUGCCAUAGUGGUAGAGGAUGCGUGGUUCACCGAUGGAUCUGGAGCAAACGACCGCUUUGGAGCAGGUCUAGGAAACAAUCACAGAGAGUUUUUCUUUCUGGGGCCUAAGGACUGCGGCAGGUGCUAUGAGAACAACAUCAACAGAGGUCUGUAUUCGUCCGUUAAACCAUCAAAUGCGUGGUUCACCGAUGGAUCUGGAGCAAACGACCGCUUUGGAGCAGGUCUAGGAAACAAUCACAGAGAGUUUUUCUUUCUGGCCCUGAACAGACUGGGAGACCAUAACAAGAUCACACUAGUCUGGGUACUCGGCCAUAAAGGUAUCCGCGGUAAUGAGAUAACGGACGGAUUGGCAAAGCUAGGCACCUUAGAGGAACCAGAAAGUCGCCGUUCUCUUUGCCGUGGAAAAAAAUUGCAUCAGGGAUCGGCUGAAGCGAGAGCAUCAGAACUCCUGGAAGAAACUAAAAAGCUGUUGCCAGGCCANACUUCUGAUGAGCCACCCAUUGUCAAGCAGAGCUAA